CAGCAGAAGUGUUCCAUCGUGGUUGUUUCUCAAGAAACCCACUGAGAUCCGCAUCAACAAGAUAUUCUCUGUAUUUCGCCUGGUUGUGAUCGUAACCUAAAGUUAACAGAGGAAAAAAAAUCAGGAUCAAGUGUAUGAACACUGACCUUUUCAAUCUCAUAGAUGGUUUAUCUCACCAAAGGAUUGGGAAACGAGAAGUGUGCUUUGUGCUGUAACCAACGGUUAUGCGCAACAUGCACAUUACUAUAUAAGGAAACCGGAAGUGCUUUAAAUAAAACUAAGAUUCGGUUGUGUGCAUAACGUCUGUGCUUUGUGGUACAAAGCUUGGGCUUAAGACGUCCACGGAAGGAUUUAGAUUCGGCAGCGAUUUUGAGAACGCAUUGCUGAUUAACUGUCUCGACGUGGUGAUGUGGCGCUAACGCUGGAACCGGGGGAUCUGUUUCGAUGCUUCCAGUCUGGAGCUUGCCCACGUGGCAUCGUUAUUUGUCCCCGUGCGUUCCCAUGCCCUGAUUGUUAAUUGGCAUCCGCCGAACUAUGACGUGGUAUGAGUUCGUAUGUUUAUUGCUGUUGUUCUCUGGAGCUGCCAGAGCUAACGGAAUAAGCCACCAAUGGCCGGAGCGGAUCACGGUUACUGAAGGGGGCACGGCGCAGCUGAAUUGUGCUUACAUCAGUAAUAUAAACGUUACAAAGAAGUGGGUCGGAUCCCUUACCUGGUACAAAGACGAGGAAAACGGUACCGUUUGCAACAAGUGCAGUGGGUUUCAUGGUCGCGUAACGACUAACAGUUCACAAGGCUUUCUUAACCAAACUUUACAAAUCGUCAACGUCAGAAUGAACGAUACAGGAAAGUAUUACUGCAAAGUACAAAUUUUCGACAAGGGAAGUUAUCUUGGCAAAGGGACAGAGGUUCAAGUCACAAUGGUUGCUGAAUUGUUUCCGAACGAAAGGAAAAUCGUUUUGUAUGUGUCUCCACUCCUGGUUUCUGUGCUCCUCGCCCUGGCGCUGAUCAUCAUCAUCAUUUACAGGAAACGUUGUGCCCGAUCGACAGAUAAAGAAUCCACAACCCAAGCUGUACCUAAGAAAGAGAAAUCUGUAGUCUAUGCUGAAAUAAAUAUGAGGAAAGCGCCACGGACUCGACCAUUGGACUACGUUGCAUGCGAGUCAGGCCGGACUGGACGGAGUUCCCAAGCGGGAAAAAGGGAAGAUCCGAUUCUCUACGCCGAGGUGAGAGCUGCAUCGCCUAGAAAUGAUUGGGCGUCAACGAAGCCCACGAAGUCUCCCAGAAGAGAGGAGCAGAUCGUGUAUGCGGCCGUGAAUGUGUAGCGUAUGUGAGGCAGCCUUCUUUACUUUGACAGCAAUAGAUCCUGCAGGCCCAGCAAGCCAGCGGAGUCCAAUUAUACCCACGUCACCAAUUAACCUAUUAAACCGCAGGAAUGUUGAAGGAAACCGGAGCAACCGGAGGAAACCCAUAUCGCCACAGGCACGUCGUACAAUCUCCUUACUGAUUACUGCGGGAAUCACAUCCGUGUCGCUGGUGCUGCAAUGGCAUUAAGCUAGCCGCUACGCUACCAUGCCGCCCAUCAGUUUCUUGAACCGGCAGGGAUAUGAACAUUGGGGAAGGAUUCCUGUAGUUGGGCGAAUUCACUGCGCCCUAAGCGCCGAUUACCGUAUUGUAUCUCUAAGUAAAAUAUAACAAGUAAAAUUUAUCGUAUUUGCCAUUCUAAACGGCGUAUCUGAUAUCCACGACCCCUGGUUCCAUACUUUCCAGCUCUCAGUUGCAUUGCUGUAUAAAACUACUUUUAAGCUGUUAGCAUUUUAUCUCCAGUCUCAUAUCAUAGUCAUGAGUUACAACAAUAUCCGAGAUGAUUCUCGUCGCAAUUAUGAUUCUCAAUCCGGGAAACAAGAUUAUAUUCAAGGUUGUAGGUGCCUGUAUUUAUUCUUUGAAGUUUGCCUGGUCAUCUGGCGGUUUUGUAAGGCUAUUGCAGGUAGCGUUGUCAAGGGUGCUGCUUCCUAAUGUUGGAGUUAUGAAUCAGCUAGAAUUUUAUAGGUUUCGCUUAUAUUUCCCUGGUGUCGUUUUUCAAGUUCAAAUUCAAAUUUAUUGUUAUCCAAUUUCGCACAUGUAUACUUCUACGCAAAACAAAGUUCCUCUGGGACCACAGUGAAAAACACAGUACAGAUAUCACAUACAGCGCAUAAAUGGUAUUAGCACAACAAUGUUAAGAGAUUAAAAGUAUCCUGUAGAUGCACAAGUUGCGUCGGAGCGCUGCACUCCUGCUUUACAAUUCCAAACCCACUUUCGGAGAUUGUACCAGCAUGAGAUUUAAUAAACAACUUUUCUUUCUUUCUUCUUUUUUUUUGGCGUGUGCGCGAGUCUUUGCAUGUGCGUCUGCGUGCGCGUGCCUGCGUCCGUGAUGAUGUCUUUUUCAUGGUAAUAAACAACUUUUCAACCUCAUUGUGUGAAACACAUUGAUGAAGAUAGAGCAGUAGAUAUAGAGUAUCCGGAUUUCAGCUAGGCAU